AUGUCAUCUUCCCCACACGACCGCCUCCCUCGCAGCCUCACCAUCCUCUAUGCGACGGAGACGGGAAAUGCGCAGGAAAUUUCAGAUCGCGUCGCAAGACAGUGCAGGCGCAUCCAUCUGGACGCGAUAGUGCACAGCAUGAACGCCUACGCCCCGUCGGACCUUAUCUCGGAGAACCGCGUGGUGUUUGUCGUGUCGACGACGGGAACAGGGAAGGAGCCACGCGCGAUGACGCCGCUGUGGAAUAUGCUCCUCCGCGCGGACCUCCCGGAGGACCUGUUUGAAGACCUCGCGUUUGCGGUGUUCGGCCUGGGAGACUCCGCCUAUGAGAAGUUCUGCUGGCCCGCGAAAUUACUGGCCCGCCGGCUCGAGAGUCUGGGCGCGACGGAGAUAUGUGCGCGCGGCGAGGGGGAUGACCAGCACCCGCUCGGGGUCGACGGCGCGUUUGAGCCGUGGAUAGCGAAGCUCGAGGACGUGCUCCUCGCGAUGUACCCCCUCCCGCCCGACGUGGUGAUCCCACCAGCAGACAGCCUACCCCCGCCGCGCAUCUCGCUCUCUGACGCGGACGGGCCGAGCUCCAGUGCUCUCAAGGAUCCGCUGGCGCUGGAUCGGCGGUACAACACUGCGACGAUGUCGUGCAACCGCCGAAUCACUGCGGAGGAUUGGUACCAGGACGUGCGGCACUUUGAGUUUGACUUCGAGGAGGAUGUGCGGUACGAGCCUGGGGACGUCCUUGUCAUACACCCGGAAGCUGCAGCAAUGGACGUGGACACCGUGCUUGUAACACUUGGCUUUGCGAACGUAGCGGACGACCCGUUCACGAUUACACAUGCAUUACUAGACCAGUCUCUCCCCGAUCACCUCCCCCACAGGACCACGCUACGCGCGCUCUUCACGCGAUACCUCGACAUCGGCGCGGUCCCACGCCGCUCGUUCUUCGCGCUCUUGCGACACUUUGUCACGGACGAGCUCGAGCGCGAGAAGCUGGAGGAGUUUCUAAGCGCGGAAGGCGCGGACGAGAUGUACGAGUACUGCCAGCGCCCGAGGAGGACGAUCCGCGAGGUUCUGGACGAGUUCCGCUCGGCGCGCGUGCCCCGUGAAUACGUGUUCGACCUCUUCCCGCCGCUCCGGUCACGCGAGUUCUCCAUCGCCAGCUCGGUCAAGCGGCAUCCGCGCCAGGUGCAUCUGUGUGUUGCGAUCGUGCACUACAGGACGAUGCUCAAGGUGCCCCGGCGGGGCGUGUGCACGAGCUACCUCGCGCGCUUGCGGGUCGGCGAUACGCUGCGCGUGGGGAUACAAAAGGGACUGCUCGCGCUCCCCGAGGACGCGCGGACGCCCGUCAUAUGCGUCGGCCCCGGGACGGGCGUCGCGCCGAUGCGCGCGCUGAUCGAGGAGCGCGUAUUUGCGGGGUCCACGGAAAAUACGCUGUACUUCGGCUGCCGCUCGGCGAAGAAAGACCAGCAUUACCACCGCGAGUUGGAGGCGCACGCGCAGCAGGGGGAGCUCACGUACCGCGUUGCGUGCUCGCGCGAUGGGCCGCCAGGGGUCGCGCGUACGUAUGUGCAGGACCUGAUUAGGGAGGACGCGCUGCGGGUGUGGGGGCUGCUCGUCCGGGGUGCGUGGGUGUAUAUAUCUGGGUCGUCGAACAAGAUGCCAGCGGGAGUACGGGGUGCGCUGCGCGAUGUGGUGAGGAUGGAGGGGGGGAAGGGUGAGGAGGAGGCGCGGGAGUAUGUUGGCGCGAUGGAGAGGGAGGGGAGGUUGAUUGAGGAGUGUUGGAGUUGA